GACACGAAUCGCGGCGCCAUGAAGUUCGGCCACGACCUGGCGAAGGUCGUGAACGUGAGCGACCCCGAGUGGGCGCCGUACUUCAUCCAGUACAAGACGCUCAAGCAGCACAUCAAGGCGAUCCGCGCGGAGACGGACGCGCACGGGUCCCAGGACGGGAGCCCGUGCCGGAGCGCGGGCGGCGACUCGAGCCAGGCGGGAAGCCCCGCGCCCGCGGGCCGCGCGCGCGCGACGACGGAGGACCGCGUUGGCCUCGAGGACACGGGCGCGCCCGCGGCCCAGCGGAAGACGAUGAGCGAGUCCGCGCCCGAGGUCGCCUUCUUCCGCGCGCUCCGCGCGGAGCUCCAGAAGUCGUCGAAGUUCUUCACGUCCGCGGAGCGCGUGCUCGAGAUCCGGCGCGAGCGCGUCCACGAGGCGCUGCGCAUGCUCAAGCGCGCCGCCGAGCCCUGCGGGGCGCUCUGCAAGCCCGGGCUCCUCGAGGACGACGACGCGCGCGCGCUGGCGGCGUGCGUCGCCUACUACCGCGACCUCCUGCUGCUCGAGAACUACGCGAUCAUCAACUACUGCGGCUUCUCGAAGAUCCUCAAGAAGCACGACAAGCGCACGGGCUUCGCGACGCGGUCCCAGUUCAUGCGCAUCUGCGUCGCGCCGCAGCCCUUCACGCUCCACCCGCGUUUGCUCGACAUGAUCAAGGAGGCCGAGGAUCUCUACAAGGAGAUGGGCGCCGCCGCCAAGGCCGCGCGCGACGACCGCGCGGCCCGGAGCGCCCAGGCCGCGGGGGAACCCCCGGCGCCCGCGGCCGCGGCGCCGACGAGCCCGCCGUGCCCGCGCGACGAGUCCGACUUCAUCGACGCGAUCCUCAACCUCCGCGCGGAGACGUCGAAGAUCCGCGCGGCCGAGGACCACCGCGCCACGGCGGGCGACACGCCGCCGCCGACGGGCGACGGCGCGGCCUUCCCCUUCGCGUCCGCGUCCCCCGCCCGGCCCCCGCCCAACGCCGCCGCCGUCGCGGCGAGCCCGCCGUUCCCCCUCCCGUUCUUCCGCGGCGCGCACCCCGGCGCCGGCGCCGGGCUUUGUUCGUUGCGCCGCGGGCGGCCCGAGCCGGCGCGCGCGCGCGCCAUGGUUUCGCCGGCGCGGGUCCUGCUCUGGGCGUCGGCCGCCUGCGCCGGCGCCCUCGCGCCGUCCCUCGCGCCGUCGCCGCCGCCGGCGCUGCGCGUCGUCGUCGAGGUCGAACUCGCGUCGGCGGCGGCCAACGGCUCGUCGACCUUCGGCGCGACCUUCUGCGACGCCUUCGCGGGCCUCGAGGCCGCCUACGCGGCGGCCGCGGGCGACGCGGCCGGCGAGGCCGUCGGAGCGGCGGGCUGCGCGGCCGCGAACGGCACCGCGACGGUCGCCGCCGCGGCGACGGUCGCGGACGCCGCGGCCGCCGCGGCCUUGGCGGCGGCGCUCAACGCGACCUUCGGCGCCGGCGCCGUCGGCGACGCGGCGCUCGCCGCGGUCCUCUCCACCGCGACCGUCUCGCGCGCGUCCUACCGCGCCGCGGCGUCGCCGUCGCGCGCGCCGUCGCCGGCCCCGGCGGCCGCCGCCGGCGACGGCGACGACGACGCGGCGCCGCCGUCGCUGAAAUUCCACUCGCGGUCCUUCUUCGCGUACAUGGGGCUGAUUCUGCUCAUGAUCGCGCUCUUUCUGUUCGUCUUCGCGAUCUUUUUGGGCCUGCGGCGGCCGAUCCGGCGCCGCUACCGCGCCUGCAUCAAGCGCUGGGGGCCCUUCCCCUGCUGCCCGAACGCGGGCCUGUCGCGCCACGAGCUCGCGCUCGCGCGGCGCGCGGCCGCGGGCGAGAUCGAGGGCCCGGCCAAGGCCGCGCGGCCCGCGGCCAAGGCGCGGCCCUGCGGCGCCGCGGCGAGCUACGCGCCGACGCGGGACCACGACGGCGGCUCGCCCCGGGGCGGCUCGCCGCGGGGCUCGCCGCGGGGCUCGCCGCGGGGCUCGCCGCGGGAGCCCGCGGAGAGCCCCUCGGACAUCGCCCACUUCGUCGCCUCGCUCCGCAAGGCGAAGAUCACGCCCCAGACGCACGUCAUCUAA